AUGCUCACUAGUUCCUCCUCUCCUGAGGAGAUAUUGGCCCUCGUUAAACUCAUAAACCAAUCAUUAUGUUCUCUCACAAGUGGAGAUACUUUUGCAUCCAAUAUCUCGCGGUGUGAACUGGUAUCAGCCGCCGAAAGACUCGUACUUGCAGCGCGCAGUCCAGAGGAGAACCUUUUUGCUAUUGCACAACAGGUGAUCACUCCUUACACAUUCAAACGUCACCGAAACGGUAUGGUAUUAACAUGGCAUGUGCAGCCAGCCCAAAACGCUGCUCUUCGAUGUGCGAUCGCGCUCGGUAUACCCUCAUUACUACCCCUCGAUGGAAGCCCUCUUAGCACUGACGAGCUGGGAUUAUCAACAGGGGCAGAGAAGAACUUGCUGAAACGCCUAUUGCAAGCAUGUGCGAGUACUUCCCUUAUAGCCCAAACAUCCGAGCAGCACUAUGCGCAUAGUGCCAUCUCCCGCGCGCUGAUCUCAUCUGCAAACCGUGACUUGAUAACCCUGAUGUACGAUUACAAUGGCCGCGCUAUCUUCGCUCUCCCCGAGUUUCUCAAAAGCCGACAAUGGCAAGACCCAGGAACUUAUGAGCACUGUGCUUUCAUGUUCGGAUCGCGCACCGAAUUGCCUAUGUGGGAGUAUCGCGACCAAAACGAAGACUGCAGGAAAGUGUUUGACUCAGGAAUGCGGAGUGAGAUUGUGGCGAGCUUAUCGACAGAGAAGAGCAGCGGGCCAUUUGCAUUCGGCGAAGAACUUGGACACGAGGCAAUCGAAGAUGGGGUUACCAUCAUUGAUCUUGGUGGUGGCCGGGGCCAGGCUCUUGAGCAGAUCCGCGCGGAUCAUCCAGAGCUAAAAGGACGGUUUGUGCUCCUCGAUCUAAAACCGGUUAUCGACAGAGCUAUAGAAAUCGGAUUACCUUCCUGGAUAGAGCCAGUAGUUGGAUCCUUUUUCGAGAGUCUGCCUAUCCGCGGAGCCCAAAUGUAUUUUAUUCGCCGCACACUGCACAACUGGGGCGACGAGCCUUGUCGGAUCAUCCUGCGUAACGUCGCUGCUGCCAUGACUCCAGGAUUUUCACGCCUGAUCAUCACCGAUAUGGUCGUGGACAAUGUAGGUGCGGCUCGAGAAAUGGCUUGGGAGGAUCUCAACAUGAUGACCAUUGGUGGAAUUGAACGUACAGAGAGGCAGUGGCGUGAUUUGCUUGGCGAUUGCGGUUUCAAAAUUCAUAAGAUAUGGAGGAACAGCGCAGUUGAGCAUGCAGUCAUUGAUGCAAGGGUAAAGUGA